GAUCAGUUCAUCAUGAUCACAAUCACUCGAUCUUACAGGUCAGAUCUCAAAAGGCAGAUCCAAGCCCGUUCCCGUGGACUUUAUAUGAAAUCGGUGCUUUUUGUCGUACAUGUACGCGACACUGGCUCGUUUCAUUCAAUUUUGUAAAUGCAAAUACGAGGUACAUAAGUAAUUAUUUCCAGAGCACAUCCUUAUAAAUAUAUUUAUAAUUGUAAAAACUAAGAAUUCAUACAGAUUCUUCUUUCAUUUCCUUUUCGUCCUUGUCCCGUUCUUUUUUGUGCAAAGAUACAUAAGUUUUUCUUUUGUACAUAGAUAAGACACCUCGAUUCCUCAAUCACCUCCAUCCCCCCACAAACCACAAGAAAAAUGGCGAAGUACAGCAAGGACGCGCUGCUGGCCUUGUUUGAGGAAUUGAAGCUGGCCUCAACGAAAACCAUCGGUCACAUCGCCUGCCCAACAUGCGAGAUUCACACGGAAGCGAUGACCGGCACUGCCUUCGAUCCGAAGACUACGGGCUUUAUUCAGGCGAAGAACCUCUUCUUUAAAGUCCCGAGUAAAGGAGGAGCCCUCAAGGACCGCAUGUUCCUCAUCUGUGCCAGUGUUGCGACAGAAGUAGACAACAAAAAGUUGUCCACGCGACUGGGAGUCAAGGCCAGCGCGCCGCUGCGUCUGGCAAGUAGCGAACUUUUCGAUCAGGUGAGGACUUGUAGAUAUUGUACUUGUGUUUCCGUACCCGCUUGAAAUUUCGUCUACGAGUGCGGAUCUCAUACUCACAGACAGGUCAUUUUGUUUGUUUUUGGUGCUACCACACUCCAACUUGCUUCUAGUCAUUGAUCAGAAAGAAAAAGAAGCUGAAUUUCAUCAUCAUUAGUUGUACUUUUUCAUCUUACAACAUCGAUUUACAGGUGCUUGCGAUUCCGCAGGGUAGUGUGAAUCCCUUCGUUAUGAUCAACGAGUCAGCGAAAGAUGUGACACUGCUGUUGGAUGCAAAGUUUAAGGGGAAUACAAUGCUCUUCCAUCCAAUGCAGAACGAUUUCACGACGAGCAUCUCUUCCCAAGAUCUUGACGCUUUCAUGAAGAAGGCGGGUGCAGAGGCAAGGUAUUGUCGUUAGAUAUAGAUACUUUUGACUUCUUCUGAACUACAACUACUACAGAAAUCUUCGCGCUAGUCAAAAUGGAGUCGAGUAGUUUGGCUUUCCUUCAAAUUUCAGAUCGGAUUCCGACUUGUAUCGAUUUCUUUGUUCAAAUACUAGGUACCAGUACGUCGAUUUCAGUGUUGAUACUGCUAUCUCUUUGGAUGCCGCAGCUGCGGAUACCGCCGCCCCGGCAAAGAAAGAGGCUCCAGCAAAGAAAGAGCCAGAGACGAACGGCCAUGUCAAGGCCCCUAAGAAGGAACAAACCAUGUUUGCGAGCGAUCACUUGUUCACUCGCAAGCCAGCUGGACAGACCAUGUUUGCAUCCGCUUUCGAAAAAUACGCUCAGGUUGCCGUUCGCGUCUGAUGUUUUCCUAGAAGAAAUGUAUGGCUCUGGUACUGGUCGGCACAAAUGAAAAUGAUCCCACUCUACCGAUCACACUUGAUGAGAGCCGGUAUAUCAAAUAAUGGUUUCAUCUCGGGAUCAUCUGGAGGACCUCUGUUGAGAACAUUGGGUAGAAGUGGAACCCUUUGAUUUUCCUAUUUCCGACGUUUUGUGACUUCUCUUGGCCAACAACACGGUUCCGUUCCUCGGGCACUCACCUCAAAGACAUGAUAGGUGUUCCCUUGGUGGCAUUACACGCAUAACAAUAACGGAUCAUGACGCAAGAUAACAUGAACAACCACAACGCACAAGAUCAAAUGUUUGGAUUCUGAGUCGCCGACGCCGCAAAGCAUCAACCCAAC